AUUCCCUGUAGCAACCUAUUUUUUACAGUCUAUGGUAGCAACCAGCAAACACGGAGCUCUGUCGGUGGACUUGCCAGUGGCUUCAAAUAGGGUCAACAUGAAGAAAUAUGCCCCGAAACUGAGCAGUGUCCUGACACCUGAUCCAGGCCACAUACCGGGGUAUACCGGUUACUGCCCACAGCUCAAUAUGGGGAAGUCAUACGGCCGACUCACAUCUAAACUCAUCAGCCGUCCUGACACGGAACCCUCUGUCCCCUCUGCACACUACGACACUGCUCUGGAACUGAAGAUGAUACCAGGAUACACAGGCUUCGUUCCAAAAUGCCAGAACUACUUUGGCACCAAUUACUCUGACACGCGUCGUAAAGCCAUGUCUGAGUUUAAGCAGGAGAGACAUGCAUGGAUGCACCGGCGAUCAUCAGACCUGCCUGCUAUUGCCAACUACACCAACCAACAGUCUGAGAGACAGAGACCACCUUUGACAGCAAUCUCCGACAAAGUGUUCUCCUACAAGCCCGUAAAGCCCUUUGCACCCCCUGUCACUCCAUAUGUCAUGGAUGAUGAUGAUGACCCACACAAGCACUUUAUCUCAGGAUUCGCUGGACAUGUGCCGAAAUCUCGCUUCCUAUUUGGCCAAGGCUACCCCAUCACCACCAACCAGGCUCUGAUCCAGUUUGGAGGGAGAAAGGACAGCUCAUCUGCCAUGCCCACCAUCUAUCCAUCAGACAGGGGGCUGGUGCCAUUUUACACAGGACACAUCCCAGGAUAUCAGUUCUUGUAUGGACAAACCUUCAGCCAACUUUCCCAGAAUGCACUGGAAAAGAGCGGGAUCAGGAGGAUUCCUCAGGACAAGUCAUUCAAACAAAAAUAAAAUGUUCACUCACAGCAAAA